UUGCGUACAUCAGCAAGCUCGGUGUAUGAGCAGGACAUCUCGCUCGGAAUCACUGUUCAUGACUUCGCCGAGCAGAUGGCACUCCGCCGGUCAGACACUCUCGUCGCUCAGCAGAAAGCGUGCGAUGCAUACGAGUGCAGGUUAGUGUCGAUUCGUAGCAUCAUAUUGAUGUGUUCUCACUUUGAGACUCAAGUUGUACGGCACGGGCACCUCACACGUCCCGAGCCUGGCACAGGGAUUAAGCUACACUUCAAGGACUCGAAGGGGAACCUGAUCAAGACUGUUGAAGCGAACGAGGGGGACGACAUUCUGACAUUGCGCAUGAGCACGAUAUUGACCUCGAGGGUGAGCCUUCGUCUCUGUAAAGGUGCAUGCGAGGGGUCGGUCGCAUGCUCGACAUGCCAUGUCAUUCUCUCACCGGAGCACUACGACCUUACUCCCGAGCCCGAGGAUGAUGAAAACGACAUGCUCGACAUGGCAUUCGGCUUGACCGACACCUCACGACUUGGGUGUCAGGUCCGACUGACUCGCGAGCUCGACGGGAUAACCGCAACAUUGCCCUCAGCCACCCGGAAUAUGUUCGUUGACGGGAAGAAAUCAGCGCAUCAUUAGCACUCCCACCUAAGGACAGGUCGGUUGGCCGGCAUGUCCUAAAGCCUAUUUCGUCUCUGGGCGGAGGGAGCUAUGCGUGACGAGCAAGCCCUGGAUUGCUAUCCGCUUCUCUGCAUGAUGCAUAUUGCUAUUGGGUUACUGCUGUUAUGUUGCCGCUACACAUAUUACGACAGCAACGACAUGUCGGUGUCGCAGGGGCCGUAUAUUUAUCCAUGCUGAACUCGAUCAGCCUGCUCUAAUGCGCCUUCGCCCUGUGUCCGUUGAUCCUAG